GCCCCCAGAAAAGGUCAAAACCCAUAAAUAUGGCUGGAGAGUACCCAUCAUCAUCAUUCUCUGAGGACUGGCGGCAUCGUAUAUUGAUCCCUACAGUCCUUGCAGGGUUUGCAGGUGGAGGAGUUGGGUUGGUGUCAAAACAUCGAAAAGUGCAUGGCCUUGCUAAUAUUUCAGCUACUUAUGCCGCUAAUUUCGCUAUUGUUACCGGCUGCUAUUGCGGAGCACGUGAAUUUGUAAGAGCAACUCGCAAAACAGGACCUGAUGAUCUACUGAAUUCUGCAAUUGCUGGAUUUGGUUCUGGUGCUAUACUGGGUCGUCUUCAAGGUGGUCAACUUGGUGCUUAUCGCUACUCGCUCAUCUUUGCUGUUGCUGGGACGGCAGUGGAUUUUGCUGUUCCAAAAGUAAGACAUAAAUUACGCCACUUCAGUGAAUCUAUGUUUGACAAGAACGGUUCGUUGAAGUUGCCAGAAUGGUCUCCUAUACAAGUACUUGAUGAAGAAGCCCUUGCUGCAAAACGAGCUCGAGAAGAAAAACUCUAUGCACAAAGAACUCUAAGCAAAGAAGAAUCAUAAGGAUAGGCUGAUUCAUGUAUUCUAGGCUCUAGUGCUUUUAUAAUUAUCAAUAAUAAUGUUAUUGGAUGAUGUUAGUUCAGCUGUUUGGCAGCUAAUAUUAUCUUUGCUGUGGAUUAUGUUUUGGGUCCUCCUUUCUUUUAUUGUUUGAUUUUGUUAUAUUUUGCUGUCAUCUUUGUCAAAAUUUGUACUAAUGAACUUUUGAGAAUGAUUUUAACGUCCUUUGUUUCAUUUGUUGAAGAUCAACA